GGUGGAUUCGCGCUGUGGAGCAAGUCUUUAACGCUGUGCUCAAGAUUGGGUAGCCUAGCCGGAAGUGGGCGGCCUUCUUCCCGGAAGGCGCGGGACUCUGUGGCGGCGGCAAAAAAUGCUUGGCGUUAAAGCAAACUACCUACUACCCGCAGACUGCGUGCACCGGCUGGUAGCGGAGCUGCAGGGCGCCCUGGACUCCUGCGCCGAUCAGCAGCGACAGUUGGAGCGGAGUCUGCGCGUUUCCAGGAGGCUGCUGCAGGUCUGGGAACCAGCCAGGACCCCGUCUUCAGUUCCAGAAACCAAGGAAGAGGACCCAAAUCCAGCGUGUACACCGAGUUCUCAAGACCUUUCGGAGCUGGAACUUUUGACCCAGGCACUGGAGAAGGCUGUACGUGUGAGGAAAAGUGUGUCCAAUGCUGGACAAAGAGACAGAACCCCCAGUCUGACAUCUAAGGCAGCCACUUCUGGUGCCACAGCCUCUGCCCCUCCUCGGGCUCCCAGCCAGGGUGGCAGCCGUGUAUCGGGUGCAAGAUCCACCAAGGGCAUACAACGGGUCACCGCCCCUGCCAAGGAUUACCCUGAGGGCAGACUUCGGUCAAGGGGAGAUAAGACCCAUGUAAGAACACAAGACCAAACUAUUGGGUAUGGACCAGGCCACAGGGACCAACAAAUGACCCCAUCAUCUGCUCAUCAUGCCACAGAACUCUUCACAUUAAAAGAGAAGGGGACUCUCCUGCAGCUACCUGCGACCUUCAGGGAGGCAACUUCUCAGAAUUCCCGCCUGUGGGCCCAGCUCAGCUCUACACAAACCAAUGACUCCACAGAUGCCACUAGAGCCGCCAAAACUCAGUUCCUCCACAAACUCCAGGUGGUUUCAGGCUGUUCUAGCCACAGGCCCAGUGCUACAGAAGUACAGGCACAUUCGCAGAGCCUGAGGAAGGCCUGUACGAUGCUGAGACUUCGUAUGCAAAAGGAACUUGCAACAGCCCCCACUGACUGGAUGCAGGAGUACCGAUGCCUGCUCACCCUGGAAGGACUGCAGACCGUUGUUGGACAGUGUCUCCACAGGAUACAGGCACGGAAAGCAGCUGUGACAGAACAACUUCCAGGAGUGUGCCUUGCAGAAAAGCCCACCCAGGCCUCAUCAGUGUGUGGAGGAGAGGUGGAAUCUUCCUGGAGCCCUGAGCUCCUUCUCUACUCUAGCACCAAGGAGCUGCAGACCUUGGCAACCUUGAAGCUUCGAGUGGCCAUGCUAGACCAGCAGAUCCAUCUAGAAAAGGUUCUGAUGGCUGAACUCCUCCCUCUGAUAAACACCCAGGAGCCAGGAGGAGCACCUUGGUUGGAACUGUGUCGGGCUACAUACAGUCUGCUCUGUGAGGAAGGCAAACGCUUCCUCACGGUCCUUCGAGAUGACCCUGCUAACUAAGCAGGCUGGCCAGACCAGCCUCUCUGGGAGAACCCCCUCCUCCUGGCUGGAGUGUAGUGAAUAGGGAUUGGGGGAGCUGAGAGCACAGAGCUAUAACCUCACUGAGAAAGCUGUGAGGCCAGGGCCCAAGCUCCAUGUAUCCACCAGACUUCUUGGUCAGGGCUCAGCUUUCUGCCUUCCUGGGGGAGUCCUUGGCUGCCUCCGCUUUCUCUCACUGUAGACCUACAGACUAUCUGUAUGACACUAGAACUCCUUUAGGAAUUAUGUAAGUCGUAUAAUACUAGGGUUUGGUAAGGCGCUUUUU